AUGGCGUCAGAAGAAGAAUUGAUCAACUUGUUUAGCAAGGUUGGGUUCAAUGAUAAGAAAUCUAAAGAAGUUUGUAAAAAUAAGAAGGUUUCCCAAUCGUUAGCAGAAAUCAUCAAUGAGGCAAAGGUUGAAGAAGCAGAUGAAAAGAAACUCUCAUUAUUGCAUGCUUUAGCUGUUGAAAGUAAAGGAGGAGAUGUUCCUAGACGUGAAUUAAUUACGAAGGCUAUUAUUGAUGGCAGAUUAAAGACUAACUUACAAGUAACCGAAGCAUUUAAAUAUGUCAAGGAAAACCCAGAAACUGCCAACAACGAAACCAUGGAAGAGAAAUCAGGAGUCGGUAUUGAACUCAGUGAUUCUGACGUUGAGAAGGAAAUCAAGAAGUAUAUGGAUGCUCAUAAAUCGGAUAUUGAGACUAAAAGAUACUCGAUUGUUCCAAGUUUAUUAGGUGACAUCAAAAAGGUACCAGAAUUGAAAUGGGCCAAGCCAAACUUAUUCAAGCCAAUUAUCGAUAAAUUGGUCUUGGAAAUGAUUGGACCAAAGGACGAAAGAGAUGUCGUUAAGAAGGAAAAGAAGAAGCUGGCUAAAAAGCAAGUUGAAACCAAGAAGGAACCACAGGUUGAGAGAUCGAUGUUCUCGGAAGGGUUUUUGGGUGAUUUGCACAAGCCGGGUGAAAAUCCACAAAAAUAUCCUGAAUUGAUGAAGGAACAUUUAGCAUAUACCAAGGGCAAGGUAUUCACCAGAUUUCCACCUGAGCCAAAUGGAUAUUUGCACAUUGGACAUUCGAAGGCAAUCAUGGUUAAUUUUGGAUAUGCUAAGUACAAUAAUGGUAACUGUUACUUAAGAUUUGAUGACACCAACCCUGAAGCAGAGGAGGAAGUUUAUUUCAAAUCAAUUGAAAAAAUGAUUGACUGGUUAGGAUACGAGCCGUGGAAAGUUACUCAUUCGUCUGACUAUUUUGAUGAGCUAUACGAAUUAGCAGAGAAAUUAAUCAGCUUAGGUAAAGGAUAUGUUUGUCACUGUACUGCUGAAGAAGUUAAGGCCCAAAGAGGGUUGAAGGAAGAUGGUACCUUAGGAGGAGAAAGGUUUGCAUGUAAGCAUCGCUCUAGAAGCGUUGAUGAUAAUAUGACCGAAUUCCGUAAGAUGAAGAAUGGUGAAUACAAGAGUGGAGAGGCCACCUUGAGAAUGAAGCAAGACUUGGAGUCACCAUCUCCACAAAUGUGGGAUCUUGUGGCGUACAGAGUUUUGAACAAACCGCAUCAUAGAACCGGGGACAAAUGGAAGAUCUACCCGACCUAUGACUUCACGCACUGUCUUGUUGAUUCGUUUGAAAAUAUUAGUCAUUCAUUAUGUACUACUGAAUUUAGACUUUCUAGAGAGUCUUACGAAUGGUUGUGUGACGAGUUGCAUGUUUACAGACCAGCACAAAGAGAGUACGGUAGAUUAAAUAUCACCGGUACAAUUUUGAGUAAGAGAAAGAUUGCCAAAUUAGUCAAUGAGGGUAUUGUUAGAGGAUGGGACGAUCCUAGAUUAUACACAUUAGAAGCUAUCCGUCGUCGUGGUGUUCCACCUGGAGCGAUUUUAAGUUUCAUUAACACGUUAGGAGUCACCACAUCAACUACUAAUAUUCAAGCGGUGAGACUUGACAGUGCUAUCAGAGCAUUUUUGGACCAAACUACCCCAAGAUUGAUGAUGAUUCUUGACCCUGUCGAAGUCGAGGUUGAGAACGUACCAGAAGGAUACGAAGAAUUGGUCGAAGUUCCAUACAAACCGGGUGACAUUGUCAAGUUCGGAACAAGAAAGGUUCCAUUCACCAAACGUUUCUAUAUUGAUAGAUCUGACUACAGAGAUACUAUUUCUGAUGACUACUUCAGAUUAGCUCCUGGUCAACCAGUUGGGUUAAUUAAGGUGCCUUUCAACGUUUCUGUCAAAGACGUGGUCAAAGAUGAUGCCGGUAAGGUGACAAAGAUCAUCGCACAUUACGACAAUGACGUUACGUUCAAGAAACCUAAGACUUACAUUCAAUGGAUUCCAAAAACAAACGCUUCACCAAUCAAGAUUAGCGAAGUUAGAAUCCAAAACCAAUUGUUCAACAGCGAAAACCCAUCGGCCCAUCCUGACGGAUUCUUAAACGAUCUUAACGAGCACCUGGAAGAGAUCUAUCACGAUGCGAUCGUUGAGUCGGCUUUCACCGAAAUCAAGGAGAAGUCCCCAUUGAACAUUCCUAUUGAAGGCAGCGAGUUCAACAUCAAAGAAAAGCCAAGUGUCGAAACGGUAAGGUUCCAAGCAUUGAGAGUAGGAUACUUCUGUAUGGACAAGGACUCAACUGCGGAGAAAUUGAUCUUGAACCGUAUUGUGACUUUGAAGGAAGACUCGUCGAAGAACUGA